UACAACUCGAUCAUCACAUCACAGCCGUUACAUUUUCUAACUAUCCCAAACUCCUCAAAAUUCCCAAGUUUCCAGUUUUCAAAAUGAAGGCAUUUUCCGUCAUCCUUUUGACCUUCGGUCUUAUCGCGGCUUCUUCGGCAGCAAUCGGUUCGGAUUUAGUCUCCACGCUGAGAAUCGUCAAGAGCCUUUGCUACUGCCCGGGAGAUCAUUCUGAUCCCAUUGCUGCCCGAUUUUUCGGCUGUUACGACCAACUUGCGGCCGCCGAUAAGCAAAAGUUUGUUUCCUGCCAACAAUCCAUCUUUGGAACUCCGUUAGACACGAAGGUUCAUGUUGAUGUCGCCUGUAGAAAUCCUCUCCGACUUCCGAGCUACGCAUCCUGUCUGAAAACCGCUUUCGGAAACGAUGCCCAAAUGGAUGCAGCCAUUUUGACAAUUAACAAAUGCCAAGCGGCUAUUUUCAACUUGCGUUAGUAACUUACGAAAAUGUGACAACAAUGUUAAUGAAAAAUAAAACUAACUGAAAACCUACAUAAAUUGUGUUUAAGAUCAAUAAAUUUUAAAAAAAUCAGCAA